CCGCGCAUGCGCACUCGGGGUCUUGAUCAAAGACCCAAGAUACAGGCAGAAAACGGCACUAAAACGUGGACGGUCGGAAUAGAGGAAUAUAUUCCAGCGCGUCUGUUUGGAUAUGAAAGGAUAUUUCAAGCGAUCUCAGACAACAGAAGGGCUUCGAUUCAGCUUUUAGUGAAUCUGCAGUUUGUUGUGAAUAAGACAAUAACGGUGUUCCUUUCAGGUCCGCUAGCGGCGCGCGCACAGGAUCAGGAUAAGGAUCAGGAUGGAGCUGUGAGAGCUGAACCCCACCGGCCCUGAGACAACACGGACAUUAGAGCUGAACCCCACCGGCCCUGAGACAACACGGACAUUAGAGCUGAACCCCACCGGCCCUGAGACAACACGGACAUUAGAGCUGAACCCCACCGGCCCUGAGACAAUACGGACAUUGGAGCUGAACCCCACCGGCCCUGAGACAUCACGGACAUUAGAGCUGAACCCCACCGUCCCUGAGACAUCACAGCACCACACGGACAUUAGAGCUGAACCCUGAGACAUUACAGCACCACACGGACAUGAGUUCCAAGGCCCAGAAGAACCAGUAAAGUAUGGAGUGAAUCCUUGUAGAGGAUGUGAUCUGUGUGCUGAAGCUGACACUGAACAUGGGGGACCUGAGCCAGGACACACACUGGACAAACACCUUCAUUGUGCCUCACAUCACAUCUUUUGACCUUUAUGAUUUUAACAGAGCUAAAAUCCGCUCCAGCCUUAAAUGGCUGGUGUCCAAGGCUUUCAGUCCCGACAGCGUUCCGGACAAACUGAAUGAUCCAUUUUACACAGAUCAGUACGAGCAGGAGCACGUGAAGCCACCGGUGGUGGACCUGCUGCUCUCGGCCGAGCUGUACUGCCGUGCGGGAAGUCUGAUCCUCAAAAGCGAUGCUGCCAAGCCACUGCUGGGCCAUGAUGCUGUUAUCCAGGCCCUGGCUCAAAAAGGCUUGUAUGUGACCGUCCAUGAGAGGUUGGUCACUGAGAGAGAUCUGUCCAUGAGGCCAAUUCAGAUGAGUGCUCACCUGGCGCUGAUCGACACUUUGAUGAUGGCGUAUACGGUGGAGACUGUGAGUAUGGACAAGGUGGUAGCGUGCAUGCAGCAGUAUUCUACCGACUGUGCUGACGGAGACACGCCUUAUGACACAGAGGAUGGCGUCAUUAGCUGGAUGAAUAAGGUAAACGAGUACUUGAAAGAGAUCAUCAUUCAGGAGCAAAGCAGGAGAGAGGCACAGAGGGCAGAACCCCUCGAGAUCCCUAAGUCUCCAACCAAAUGGUAUAUGAAGCUGGUUCCUGCUCGCUAUAGAAAGGAACAGACAUUACCUAAAACAGUACCGUGGAUCCCCCCAGUGGACAACCUGCUGAAGGACAGCACAGAUGGCUGUGCCCUCGCGGCUCUGCUGCACUUCUACUGCCCCGAUCUCAUCAAACUAGAUGACGUGUGCCUGAAAGAAAGCAUGUCGUUAGCGGACAGCUUGUACAACCUUCAGCUGGUUCAGGACUUCUGCUGCGAGCACUUGAACCACUGCUGCCACUUCAGUCUGGAGGACAUGGUCUACGCCUCUUCUUCCAUCAAAAAUAACUACCUUGUGUUCAUGGCUGAGCUCUUCUGGUGGUUUGAAGUGGUUAAGCCAUCUUUUGUGCAGCCUCAGGUUUUGGCCGAUGAUGCUCCACCACUGAAGAAUGUGCCAUCUGUGUCCAUUUCUAAAGUCACAAAGAGAAGCUUCGUCGAAAGACCUUCCAAUCCAAACAGACAAAGUCUCCCGCUUCGACAACAGCCUUUAACAUCAAACUCAGGUGAAAUUAGACGAUCAACCUCCAUGUCAUUUGUCGACAGCUUUUUGGGGACUUGGCCCAAGGAGAGGAGGUCAGGGUCUCAGGGAGUGUCCUUUGACAUCCCAUUUGAUAAGGACACCAACCCCCAAACUACUACACAACCCAGACGUGGUAUGACGAGGUCUGUGAGCACUGAGGGAUUCGGGCUCAAAGUCGCCAAGGGAAUGAAGAGAAAUCUGUCCUUUCAACCAAUCAGUGGUCAAAACAUUGAGGAAGAGGGCUGUCCAGAUAACCUUGUGGAAAUUCAACACAGUGAUCUGAAUGGCACAGCAAAAACUAGCAUUGAGGAAGCCCUGGAAAUAAUUAAUAAUUCAGAAAAGCAACAGGGCUUGAGGGCUGAGGCAGAGAAUGAAGGUUUCUUCCUUCACAUGCAGACCAAAGAAGAGCUGACCCCCAAAACGCAAGCUGAAGAAGGAGACUCUGUGUCAGAGGCCAUGUGCAUUUCAAGUGCUUCAACUACAGAGGUGGACACUGGGAUCCACGUAAAGACAGAAGACAUACAAGAGACCCUGGAUGAUGACUCAUCGCUGAGAGACUGCACAACGAGUAUGGAGUUAGAUGCAGACCAGUGCUUUGAGGCUAGAGCAAGUCACAGCCAGGAUUCCAUUGGUUCAUAUCCCAGUAGUGUUGGCACCAAGUCUCCCAUACCUGAUACCCCCAUGGGGAUUAAGAUGACCAGCUUUGCCGAACAAAAGUUUAAAAAACUCAAUCCAAAUACAGAGUCCAAAGGUGGCAUCUCUCAGGGGACCACACCAGACAGUUCAGACCUCAACCUUUCACACUCAGUUUCAUGGGCCCCCUCACCAGAGACAAGCCCUGCCCACCAGCCACAGAGGGAUCCAGCACAGGCCAUGGCUGCAGAAAUGGUGCAGCUUCGCAUGCGGCUGGAAGAGAAGCGUCGAGCCAUAGAAGCUCAGAAGAAAAAGGUAGAAGCUGCCUUCACACGUCACAGACAAAAGAUGGGGCACAAUGCCUUUCUCACAGUGGUCAAAAAGAAGAAUGACGGUGCCUCACAAAUACAGGAAUACACCACAUGCCCAGACAGUACCAAGACACUAAAUGAUGCUGUAAAAUCUCCAGAAAAGUCUCCUGUCAAGUCCCUUGGGGAGGAGAGCACGUCUGAGGCAGACCUAGUAGAGUACACGCGUUCUAUCAACAAGUUGAACAAUUCUCUAAGCUUUUUGCAGGCAGAGAUGCAGCGGCUAGCCCAGCAGCAGGAGAUCAUAAUGCAAAUGCGGGAACAGCAGUCCUGGGUUGUGUGUCCAGCACAGCCUUCGCCCCAAAAACAGGUACAGGAGCUUCGAGGAAGCGGGACUCGAUCCUCAGGUUCCCCUUCACCGGCUGACUCCCCGCUUGUCACCCAUCGAUCCCCAGUCAAUAUCAAGAGGAAGUCAGCUUCCUUCCAUUCGAAAACCCCACGAACACCCAGGCCUACUGAGCUGAAGAUCACACCCUUCAACCGAGUUCUCACUGUACCCCAGUCUGUGGACAGCAUACCCCGUCUGCGCAGAUUUUCACCCUCUCAGUCUGUAUCCAGCUCCUUUGCAUACAUGGGAAAUGACACAAAACCAAGCAAAAAUAAUAUGCAAGCUGAACCCUUGUGUACAGAAGGUACUGCUUCUGAUCUCACUUUAUUUACCAAUGAUACACAACAACCUAAUGUUGAAACAGACAGCGCAAAGUCAAUAAACAAGUACUCAGAGUACAGUGUGGAGGAAAAUGGAGAGAUGGAGGCUAACGGAAAAGAAUCAAAAGGAGAAAUUAAGCCCACAGUGGAAGCCAGUGUUUCUGAGGUGUUGUCCCAAGCUGUAAAAGAAACAUUCACAGUAACAGCUACUGAGAAGCCAACAGAUUCAUUUACUCAAAUCAACAAAAACUUGAUCGAAGUGCCACUAUCAAUCCUAAAGCCUCUAGAUGGACAGGAGUUGGAAGAAGGUGGAGAGCAAUUGACAACAGGAGAGAACCUGGAUGAUGACCAGAAGAUGUGCUGUGGAUUCUUCUUUAAGGAUGACAUGAAGGGGGAGAACAGCAUGGCACUGAAGCGAGCUGCCCUGCUGGAGAAGAGGCAGAGGAGGGAGAGGGAGCAUCAGCAGAGGAAGCAGCAGCUUGAGACUGAGAUAGAACAGAAGAAAGAGGAGGCUAGAUUAAAGGCAGAGGAAGAUCGAAUGAAGAAGGAGGAGGAAAAAGCCAGACGGGAGUUCAUCAAGCAAGAAUACCUAAGGAGAAAGCAGCUCAAGCUCAUGGAGGACAUGGACAUGCUGGUAAAAUCUCGGCCAGCCACGGCUAAGCAAAGGAAACCAAGGCCUAAAUCCAUUCACAGGGAUGUGAUUGAGUCACCCAAGACCCCUGUUAGGGCAACAGCAGGUUCACGACCUCGUGUUUUUUCAGUGUCCAGUAUCUCUUUGGCCUCCCUUAAUCUGGGAGACAAUGACAGCAUCAGCUCAGAGAAACGAACCCCCAGAAGCAAUAGCUUAGCAUCGGGCAGCCUAUACGGCUUCUUGAACUCUCCUCGUGUAAGAAGGAGAAGUAGGCCUGAUUCAGCUGAUAGCUUCCUGUCUCCUUCUCGGUCUGGGAGCCAUAAUGAAGAAAAAGACUGGGAAAAUGCUUCCACCACCUCCUCUGUCACUUCAACCACUGAAUACACAGGUCCUAAAUUGUACAAAGAGCCCAGUGCCAAGUCGAAUAAGCAUAUAAUUCAGAACGCUUUGGCUCAUUGUUGUCUGGCUGGGAAAGUCAAUGAAGGUCAGAAGAACAAGAUCCUGGAGGAGAUGGAAAAAUCACAGGCCAACAACUUCCUAAUCCUGUUCCGUGAUUCGGGCUGCCAGUUCCGUGCUGUGUACACGUACUGCCCUGACACGGAGCACAUGAACAAGUUGGCUGGAAUUGGGCCCAAAAGCAUCACACGCAAGAUGAUCGAAGGUCUGUUCAAGUACAAUUCUGAUCGGAAACAGUUUAGCCAAAUCCCAGCUAAGACCAUGUCUGCCAGUGUAGAUGCCAUAACCAUCCACGGUCACUUGUGGCAGACCAAGAAGCCAGGAACACCGAAGAAAGUAGCACCCAACAAGUCCUAAUGUUGUAUACAGUAUCAGCUCUCGCUACUGAAUCUCAGCAAUGCGCUUUUUCUUACUUAUAAACUGCAACCUGCACUGCGCAUCUUUCUGCAUCUUUGUCAUGGAACACAACUCACACUACAACUAAGCAUAUGCACAACUGGAUUGUAAAGCAGGACGGGCUUGUCAGUGGAUCCUGUAUUUAGAACCUGAGCAGUGCAGUUCUGUUAAAGAUUGUGUGUGGCUGCGUGGGAGGAUGUGUGUAACUUUUAUAUGUGGCAAGAAAAAGAUAAAUAAGGAAAUUAUGUAAUAUGACUGCUUUUGGUAUACUGAAGCACUGAAUGUUAUUUGCCUGUAUGAAAAGAAAUGUUGUAUAUGGUUUCAAGUUCUUCGGUUACUUUUUGUUUUAUAGUAUGUAAUGAAGUAAUCUUAUGAAAGAUACUUACCAUUAAAGUGUUUUUGUUUAUUUUUAAAGAGCUGGUCACCAGUGGACCUCGUCUUCGGGAGUAAUGCUGUAUGUUAAAUAAAUGAAUGUGGUAUUAAGUACA